CGUCGUCCCGCCGUCCCAGGCUCCCCGGCCCCCGGUCCCCGCUGCGGCCCGAGGGCGGCUGCGGUCUCCGGCCGCGCGCGCCACGGCGCAGGCUCCGCACGGAGCAGGCGCGUCAGCUGAGCUCGGCGGUGGCGCGGGCGGCGGGACGCGGCUGCCCGCUCUGCGCCCGCUGCACCCCAGCAGCCAGCGCCGUCUGGGCCCCGUGCCGCCGGGUCCUGGCCUGGCGGCUGGAGGCGGGGGCGCCUAGGAUCCACCUCCUGAAAUUUAACGUUUCACGAUGAAGUUUUUACCGGCGAUUGCCUUUUUUAUUUUAAUUUCCUUGUGGGUUGAAGAAGCCUAUUCUAAAGAGAAGUCUUCAAAGAAGGGGAAGGGGAAAAAGAAGCAGUAUCUAUGCCCAUCCCAGCAGUCACCAGAGGACCUUGCCCGAGUCCCUGCCAACUCCACUAGCAAUAUCUUGAAUAGGCUACUGGUCAGUUAUGAUCCCAGGAUAAGACCAAAUUUCAAAGGCAUUCCUGUUGAUGUAGUAGUAAACAUUUUUAUCAACAGUUUUGGAUCCAUUCAAGAGACAACAAUGGACUACAGAGUUAAUAUCUUCCUGAGACAAAAAUGGAACGAUCCCAGGCUGAAGCUCCCCAGCGAUUUUCGGGGCUCAGAUGCCCUGACAGUGGAUCCCACGAUGUACAAGUGUCUGUGGAAACCUGAUUUGUUUUUUGCAAAUGAAAAAAGUGCCAAUUUUCAUGAUGUAACCCAGGAGAAUAUCCUCCUCUUUAUUUUUCGGGAUGGAGAUGUCCUUGUCAGCAUGAGGUUAUCUAUUACUCUUUCAUGCCCAUUGGACUUGACCUUGUUUCCCAUGGAUACACAACGCUGCAAAAUGCAACUUGAGAGCUUUGGUUACACAACUGAUGAUUUACGAUUUAUCUGGCAGUCAGGGGAUCCUGUUCAGUUAGAAAAAAUUGCCUUGCCUCAAUUUGAUAUUAAAAAGGAGGAUAUUGAAUAUGGUAACUGUACAAAAUACUAUAAAGGCACUGGGUACUACACCUGUGUGGAAGUCAUCUUCACCCUGCGGAGACAGGUUGGGUUUUACAUGAUGGGCGUCUACGCCCCGACCCUGCUGAUCGUGGUUCUCUCCUGGCUUUCCUUCUGGAUCAACCCCGACGCCAGUGCUGCCAGAGUGCCGCUGGGUAUCUUUUCAGUACUCAGCUUGGCCUCUGAGUGCACAACCCUUGCUGCUGAACUUCCCAAAGUCUCCUACGUGAAGGCUCUUGAUGUAUGGCUCAUUGCUUGUCUUCUCUUUGGGUUUGCCUCCCUUGUGGAGUAUGCUGUUGUCCAGGUGAUGCUAAAUAACCCCAAACGAGUUGAAGCAGAAAAAGCCAGAAUUGCUAAGGCUGAGCAAGCAGAUGGAAAAGGUGGAAAUGCGGCUAAAAAGAAUACUGUGAAUGGUACAGGGACUCCGGUUCACAUUAGCACUUUGCAGGUUGGUGAGAACAGAUGCAAAAAAGUUUGUACUUCCAAGUCUGACCUGAGAUCUAAUGACUUCAGCAUUGUGGGGAGCUUGCCAAGAGAUUUUGAAUUAUCCAAUUAUGACUGCUACGGGAAACCUAUCGAAGUCAACAAUGGACUUGGGAAGUCGCAGGCAAAGAGCAACAAGAAGCCUCCCCCCGCCAAACCCGUUAUUCCAACAGCAGCAAAGAGAAUCGACCUUUAUGCAAGAGCAUUGUUUCCUUUCUGCUUCUUGUUCUUCAAUGUUAUAUAUUGGUCUGUAUAUUUAUGAUACAUUGUUUCCCAUUUCUAUAAAAAAAAUCCCAUUUCAUUGUGACCAACCUCACUCAUCAAUGCCAAUCUGUGAAGAUAUAUUGCAUUUUGGAUGCCAUUUGAUUGUAAAAAAAAAAAAUGUGGCACCUUAAUUUUGAAUGGCAGCAUGGUCUUGUUACAUCUGUGCUCUAAAAAUGAUGUAUAUAUGUAUAGCAAACAUACUGCUUUAGGAAUAAAUGAAGGGUAAGCAUACUACAUAAAAUAAAAUUCAAAUCAUUCUCUGCAGUUAGUGUAAAUUGCAAAUACUUCAGAUAAGUCUGAUAAAAUGACAUGCACGCUGAAUCCUGUUAUGAUCACCAUUCUAAGAUAUGUAGAAUUUCAAAUUUCCUUCCUUGUAACUCUCAGAGAAAGCCAUCUUAUUCUUGUAUAAUUUUUGAUGGUUUUAUCACAGAUUAAGCAAAGUUAUAUUACAUAUUAUUUAAACUUUGUAAGUAGAGGUAUAUCAGCUAUAAUUAUGUGGGCUCUGUGGAGAAAUAAAGUUUAGAAAUUUACUAAUUUGUAAAAUCAGCUCAUUUUAAAGUGUGUCUGUGUUGUCAAAAGGCCAGAUAAUAAAACACAUUAAUCAUUUUUGAAGUAAUCAAAGGGAUAUCUGGAUUUAUGUAAAUAUACUGAAUUCUGGCUUCUGAUAAGAUAAAAAUAAAGGCUAGAUACAUUGACUAAGUAUUUCUGAUAAAAGAAGUGGUAUUUAACCCACAUUAAAACCUAAAUAUAUUUUCAUGGACUUCAUUUUGCUGAUACAGAGUAUACACAAUAAUUGUGCCUUACAAAGAGUGACAUCUAUUUUAAAUUGGAAUAUAGCAAAGGAUAUGUGAUUUUACAUCAUAUUUAAGAAACCAAGAGGAAAAUACCCUAUUACAAGAAGUAACUUGAGUUGAGGUGGCUGGGAUAAGGGGAGCCCAUAAUCAUUUAAGACUUUUAACUUAUUUUAUUAAAAUACUUAUAUAUUUUUAAGUAAAAUUUAAAUUUUUUCUUAAUUCAUUUAUUUUUUCGCAUUUAUUUAAAUAUGAUUUUUAAAUUUGUCACAAAAAAAUUAAAGAUUAGGUAAAUAUCUUUGUUUAUGUUAGGCCUGACUUCUUUGUAUGUCCUUUUUUGCUAAAAGUUCAUCUUGUUCCAACCUGAAAAUAGGCACUUUGGAGUUUCUAAGACUCCCAUUUCCUAGUAAUAUCACACUACCUUUUAAUUUAUCCAAAGCUGAAAUUAGAACUAUCAGUAAUUCACAUAACAUAAAUAUACGACCAAAUAAAUAUAUUUAUUUGGAGAGUUUUGUUUGUAUUGUCAAUUCUAUAAUAAAAUGUGUUUAAGUAUUGUUUAUAUAAAUUGUGAUAUAUAAUUUAAUGCUAUUAUAUUGAAGACUUUAAUAGUUGUUUGUAAUGUUUUUCUUACAAACCUGUGUAUUUCUUUGGUGUCAGUUGUUACUUCUCUUUCAUUUCUGAUUGCAUUUAUUUGGGUCCUCUCUCUUUUUUUCUUAAUGAGUCUGCUUCAAAGUUUUGUUCAACAUCUUUUCCUAAAACCAGCUCUUGGUUUCAUUGAUCAUUUGUAUUUUUUCUAGAGUCUAUUUCAUGUAUUUCUUCUCUGAACUUUAUUAUUUCCUUUCUUCUACU